CGGAGACGCGACUGCCGUCGAGCGCGGUCCAAUGUGCGCACGAGUUUGCGGUUCGCGAGGGUGUGAAGACCGGCUUGUGAAGGCCGCGCAAUCUCGAGGAGAGGGGCUACUUGUGCAAGCGUGAGUACGAGUUGCGAGGUGUUGCGCGGUUCUCGAAGACGAGUGGAGCCCGGCCAGGAUGUGGUGGUUCGGCCCGCUUACCCUAACCUCGCUGGCCGUCCUAGCGAGCUUCGGCCGCCACGUAACCCAGGCCGGCGUCCAAGUGCCACGCGUCCGCGGCGUACCCGUCUCCAAGAGCUCGCUCUACUCGCCCGACCGGGACUUCGAGUGCCUCGACGGGAGCCUCCAGCUGCCUUACUCCCGGCUAAACGACGACUACUGCGACUGCGGCGACGGAAGCGAUGAGCCCGGCACCGCCGCCUGCGCCAAUGGCUCCUUCUACUGUCAGAAUUCAGGUUACCAAGCACUGUAUAUUCCUUCGUCAAGGGUAAACGAUGGAGUCUGCGACUGCUGCGACGCUAGCGACGAAUAUGCUUCCAAUAUUCAAUGCGUAGAUAAUUGUCAUGAAUUGAGAAGGAAAGCGUGGCUCGAGGCUCAGAGAGCUGCGGAACUAGCCAAAGAGGGUAAUAAAAUUCGUUUAGAAUAUAUCGCUUUAGGGAAGCAACUGAGUACCGAGAAUAAAGCUAAAUUGGCAAAGCUUCGGAUCGAUUACGACGAGGCUGAACUAAUAAAAAAAGAGAGAGAAAAUGAGAAAACGGUGAUCGAAGAGCGCGAAGCUUUGGCCUUGGAGAAAUACAAAUCACCGCCUCAGUCUGAGGAACAAGCCAAAGCAGAGAAUCAGAAUUCUGCGGAAGAAGCGGCCCAAUUCUUUCAAAUAUUGGACUCAGACAAGAGUGGUACCAUUACGGUAGUAGAGCUGCAGACCAGAGCGACGUUUGAUAAGGACCAUAAUGGAGAAGUUAGUAAAGAGGAAGCAUUAUAUUUUUUGAACAACCAGGAAGAAAUUACACAACAGGAAUUCAUCGACUUUGCCUGGGCUAAUGUAAAACCGUUCCUCAUGCUUGAAAAAGGUGUCUUCAAGCCAGCGGAGAACGUGGAGCGGGAGCACCUCGAUGAUAUCGAAGUGGGAGAGGGAGAGGAAGAGGAGGAUCUGGACGAGGAGGGAGAGGACGUCGAGGACCAGGGACGGGCAUCGGAGUUCGAGGAGACCGGACAGGCACCGGAAACCGAGGCCGCCCCCGAGCCGCCCCAAUAUGACGAGGAGACCCAGGCGAUCGUGGACGAGGCGUCGAGGAUACGCGAUCGCUACCGGGAGGCCGAGCGCAGCCUUCAGGAGCUCCAGACGGAGAUCCAGAAGCUGGAGGAGCGCACGGAGCGCGACUAUGGCUCGGACAAUGAGUUCGCCAGCCUCGACGGUCAGUGCUUCGAGCACGAGGACCUCGAGUACGUGUACAGCUUCUGUCCGUACGGGAGAACAUCUCAACGGUCGAAGAACGGCGGCAGCGAGGUGAGCCUCGGUCAGUGGCACGAUUGGGUCGGACCCUCGAGUAAUCGCUACUCCAUGGCCAAAUUCGAUCGAGGCCACACCUGCUGGAACGGGCCCGCGCGCACCUGCCUCGUCACUCUGCGCUGCGGCGUCGAGAACAAGUUGCUCCAGGUGUCGGAGCCGAGCAGAUGCGAGUACGCGAUGGAGUUCGCCACCCCGGCCCUCUGCAACCCGGAGAGCAACGUAAGCGGCAAGAUACACGACGAGCUGUGAUCGGUCUAUCUCAUCACGGCUCAUAUGAUGUCCUUGGAGCCUGGAGAUUCGAAAGGCGGUUAAAGAUUGCGAAACAAUAGCGGACGAUGGUGCGGAUUGCUAUUCCAUCCUGCGUUAAAUCCUCUUAUUUUCAUUGUUUGUACGGAUAAGGAUUAGAGUGAUAGUAUUAUUUGUCUCUUACUACAUACUACUAUGCACAAUUGUACUUUAUCAUUAUAUUUCAUUAUCUCUAACUGCAUGUCCUUUUAACACUUACUUCGACUCAGAAGUUCGACUUAA